AUGGAUGAUUUGAUUUCUCAGGAGGAAAUUCGGGGUAUAGAGAGGAAAUUGAAAGAGGCGUACCGGGAUGAAGAAUUAUACUGGCAACAAAAGAGUAGGAAGUUUUGGCUACGGGUUGGGGAUAAGAAUACAAAAUUUUUCCAAGCCUCUACUAGACAGCGACGGGUAAGAAAUAGGAUUAUUGGUUUGUUUGAUGAUGAUAAUGUAUGGAAUGAAUCGGCCUCCGGGAUGGAGAAUAUCGCUACAAAAUAUUUUGAGGAUCUUUUUAGGAAUUCAGAGGCCCAAGGUGUGACGGAGAUGCUUCAGGAGAUUAAUCCAUUAAUUUCGGAUGCUAUGAACAGAGAUUUAAUUCGGGAAAUUUCAGAAGCGGAAGUUCGGAAGGCCCUGUUUGCUAUGCAUCCGGAAAAAACUCCAGGACCUGACGGCAUGACGGCUUUGUUUUUUCAACGUUUUUGGUCAUCCUUAAAAGGGGAUUUAGUGGCUCUGGUUAGAGAAUUUUUCCGAUCAGGCAGUUUUGAUCCACGUUUAAACGAGACAAAUAUUUGUCUCAUUCCUAAAGUUGAUCGGCCGCAGCGGAUGGCGGAGUUUAGACCGAUCAGCCUUUGUAAUGCGGUUAUGGUUAAGUUAGGGUUUGAUAGGAAAUGGAUUUCCUGGAUCAUGUGGUGCGUAUCCUCGGUGUCAUAUCAAGUUCUCCUCAAUGGUCAACCCCGGGGUUUUAUUAAACCUCAGCGUGGUCUUCGCCAGGGGGAUCCAUUGUCACCGUAUUUGUUUAUCCUUUGCACAGAGGUGCUGAUAGCGAAUAUCAAAAAGGCAGAAAGGGAGAAGAAAGUAACGGGUAUCACAAUCGCCCGCGAUAUCCCUACCAUUUCGCAUUUGUUGUUUGCUGACAGUCUGUUUUUCUGUAAAGCAGAGGCGACUGAAUGUAAGACGGUCAUGGAAAUUAUCAGGAAUUAUGGCAAAGCAUCAGGGCAAGAGGUUAAUCUAGAGACAUCCUCUAUAAUGUUUGGCAAGAAGGUUCCUCCUGAGAUAAGGAAUCAGUUGAAGUCAGUUAUUGGUAUUUCUAAAGAGGGAGGUAUGGGCUCUUAUUUAGGCAUACCUGAAAGCCUCCAAGGUUCCAAGACGAAGGUUUUUGGAUAUGUUAAGGAUCGGUUGGAUGAUCGUGUUAAUGGUUGGAAUGCAAAGCUUUUAUCGAAAGCAGGUAAGGAGAUUAUGAUUAAAUCAGUGGCGUUGGCACUCCCCACUCAUGUGAUGUCCUGUUACAAAUUGCCACAAGAGUUGACGUCUAAAUUAACAAGUGCUAUUUCCACUUUUCGGUGGAAAUCCAAUGAUAGGGCCCGUGGUUUACAUUGGGUAGCCUGGGAAAAAUUGUGCAAGGAUAAGUGUGAAGGGGGUCUUGGUUUCAGGGCUCUGGAACAAUUUAAUGAUGCUAUGUUAGCGAAACAGUAUUGGCGGUUAUUCCAACAUCCGACGUCCUUAAUGGCUCGGGUGUUGAAAGGCCGAUAUUUUAGUAAUAAACAUCCUCUUAUGGCCAAAAAACCAUAUAAUCCCUCCUUUGCUUGGAGGAGUAUUUUCUCAACUAAGGGUUUGGUGGAACAUGGAGCACGAUGGGCGGUAGGUUCGGGUAAUUCUAUUUCGGUUUGGAGAGACCCAUGGAUACCGGACAUUCGACCACGUCCAGCUAAUGGUCAGGGUCGUCUCUGGCUACCGAGUUUGAUGGUGAAUCAUUUAAUUGAUCCUGCUACGAAGGAUUGGCAUCUGCCUACUCUGGAGGAGUAUUUGGAUCCAGAGGAUAUACCGAUUAUUCGGAGUAUGGCGGUCAGUAAAGUCCAGCAACCGGAUCGCUUAGUAUGGCACUUUUCCAAGUCAGGAAAAUAUACGGUUAAAUCAGGAUAUCGGUUAGCUAGAGAAUUAAUGACGGAUGUCGAAUACGGGCCGACAUGUUUGGCCCUUAGAGCCCAGGCGUGGAAGCUUGAUGUUCCCCCGAAGGUCCAACAUUUUUUCUGGCAGAUUGCUUCGGGCACUCUCCCAGUGUUAGAACGACUUGCGUACAGGGGUGUCCGGUGUGAUACUCUCUGUAAACGAUGUGAGUCUGCACCAGAGACUAUCAAUCAUGCUCUCUUUGAGUGCCCUCGCUCGCGGGAUGUUUGGGGGUUGUCACCGGUAUUGUUAGCUCUUGAUGGCUUCCCAUUUGCUUCAAUCUAUGCAAAUUUAGACUUUAUUUUCUGGCGGGCUGCAUCUCAAUCGGGGGAACCUGAUGUAGCUCCUCGCCUUUCCUGGAUACUUUGGUCACUAUGGAAAGACAGGAAUAAAAAAGUUUUUCAGGGCUUAGAGGCUGAGCCGAUGGAGAUUAUUCUUCAGGCGAAUAAUGAUAAAAUUUUGUGGGAAGAAGCCAAAUCUUUCGCGGUCAAUUAUUCGCCUUCUAUGCCUUUGUUGGAGGACAGGGGGGUGUUUCCUCGAUGUCAGAUUGAUGGUUCUUGGAAAGGUUCCGAUACUCUGCAGGGUCUAUGGUGGUGGUGUUGUAGUGAUGAAGAUUCAACACUUCUUUUGGGAGCUCGGAGUCAGAGGCGCGGUCCUACAUCCUUACAUGCAGAGCUGCAAGCCUUGAUUUGGGCCAUAGAGUCACUCAUAGCGGCUGGAGUAGACUGUCAGAGCUUCGAGACAGAUUGUGCAGAAUUAGUGGCGAUGGUGCAGAUGCCAGACGAUUGGCCAGAUCACUCGAGAGCUCAACGUACGGGCAGAUUGCCUUGCCCGCUUUUCAAGACCUUUAUUAUCUGA